AUGCGCGCGCCGCGGCACCUUCCGGGAGCGCGCACCGGUCUCCUCAGCGGUCCAGGACGAUGCGGCUCUGUUGGCUGAUGCUGCCCUGACUCCCCCUCUCUUCCUCCUCCUCUCUGCCGCUUCCUCCUCCUGUUGGGAGAGUCCGGCCGGCUGCAGAGCAGCAGGACGCGCCCGCACACCGAGCUGCGAGCUCCGCAUCGGGACGCAGCGCUGCGGCUCGUCCCGCCUGGCCAUGGCGCAGAUAAGGAAACUCGGCGCUGCUGAGCUCAACUCUCAACUCCGUGGAAUCCAGGAAAUGCAGCGAUAGACUUUCAUCUAAUGGUUCCAACCUUUAAUAAUUAGCGGCUCCUCUCCUGUCAGGCUUUUUUGUUUUCGCUUCUGAACGGCCGCCGCAGCAGCAGCAGCCAUGGUGGAUGCAGCAGAGUGCGGGGUGAAGGUGAUGUGCCGCUUCAGGCCCCUGAACGAGGCCGAAAUCACCAGAGGAGACAAGUACAUCCCCAAGUUUAAGGAGGACGACACCGUGGUGAUAACCGGCAAACCGUACGUGUUCGACCGCGUUCUGCCGCCAAACACGACGCAGGAGCAAGUUUACGAGCAGUGUGCCAAGCAGAUCGUCAAAGAUGUGCUGGGUGGAUACAACGGGACGAUCUUCGCUUACGGACAGACGUCUUCUGGAAAGACCCACACCAUGGAGGGCAAACUGCACGACCCGCAGCUGAUGGGAAUCAUCCCUCGCAUCGCGCAGGACAUCUUCGACCACAUCUACUCCAUGGACGAGAACCUGGAGUUUCACAUCAAGGUUUCUUAUUUUGAAAUCUACCUGGAUAAAAUCAGAGACCUGCUGGACGUGUCGAAGACGAACCUCGCUGUGCAUGAAGACAAGAACAGGGUCCCCUAUGUGAAGGGCUGCACUGAGCGCUUCGUGUCCAGUCCUGAGGAAGUGAUGGACGUCAUCGACGAGGGGAAGGCCAAUCGGCACGUGGCAGUGACAAACAUGAACGAGCACAGCUCCCGCAGCCACAGCAUCUUCCUGAUCAACAUCAAGCAGGAAAACGUCGAAACGGAGAAGAAACUGUCGGGAAAGCUGUACCUGGUGGAUCUGGCCGGCAGCGAGAAGGUCAGCAAGACCGGAGCAGAGGGGGCGGUGCUGGACGAGGCGAAAAACAUCAACAAAUCUCUGUCGGCGUUGGGAAACGUCAUCUCGGCUCUGGCUGAGGGAACGAAAACCCACGUGCCGUACAGAGACAGCAAGAUGACCCGCAUCCUGCAGGACUCCCUGGGAGGAAACUGCCGCACCACCAUCAUCAUCUGCUGCUCUCCGUCAGUCUACAACGAGGCCGAGACCAAGUCCACGCUCAUGUUUGGACAGAGGGCAAAGACCAUCAAGAACACGGUGUGCGUGAACCUGGAGCUGACCGCCGAGGAGUGGAAGAAGAAAUACGAGAAGGAGAAGGAGAAGAACAAGAGCCUGAAGAGCGCCAUCCAGAGGCUGGAGGCUGAACUGAACCGCUGGAGGAACGGGGAGAACGUUCCUGAGGAGGAGCGUCUGAGCUCUAAAGACCAGAGGAGCAUCGAGCAAUACGACAACACUCCCAUCAUCGACAAUCUGCCACCAGCAGGGGGCGACGUCUCCAAUGAAGAGAGGAAAACGUUUGAGGACGACAUCAGGAACCUGUACAAGCAGCUUGAUGACAAGGAUGAUGAAAUCAACCAACACAGCCAACUUGCUGAGAAGCUUAAAGAGCAAAUGUUGGACCAAGAAGAGCUGCUGGCGUCUACGCGGCGGGAUUAUGAGAAGAUCCAGGAGGAGCUGUGCCGGCUGCAGACGGAGAACGAUCUGGCCAAGGAGGAGGUGAAGGAGGUGCUGCAGGCGCUGGAGGAGCUGGCCGUCAACUACGACCAGAAGAGCCAGGAGGUGGAGGAGCGAGAGGCGGCCAACCAGCAGCUGAUCGAGGAACUGCAGCAGAAAGCCGCUCUGCUGUCGGUGGUGCAGCGGGAGCUGAGUCACUGGAGAAAGUUGAUUUGUUCUAAGCGCCGACGUAGAGCUGUGUGUCGCCUGCGUAACCAUGGUAACAUCUGACCAGCUUUCCUAUUGGCUCAGAAUGCGGAGGCGAAGGGGAACGGCUCGGCGGUGGAGGAGGAGUUCACCGUCGCUCGCCUCUACAUCAGCAAGAUGAAGUCAGAGGUCAAGUCUCUGGUGAACCGCAGCAAGCAGCUGGAGAGCGCGCAGGCCGACGCCCACCGCAAGAUCCAGGCCAACGAGAAGGAGCUGGCCUCCUGUCAGCUGCUCAUCUCACAGCACCAGGCCAAGAUCAAGUCUCUGACCGACUACAUGCAGAACAUGGAGCAGAAGAAGAGGCAGCUGGAGGAGAGUCAGGACGCGCUGACCGAGGAGAUCACCAAGCUGCAGGCACACGGUCCGCACCCACCUCUUCCUCUGCAGAGCAAGACCAACACAUACAUGUUUAACUUUUACAUGUUUCAUCACAUCUUAUCCAUAAACUUCACUAUUUGUCUUCAGG